UGGCGUUAUAUUUUAGUUUCCGUUGCUUAGCAACUGCUGUAAUAUAAAUGCAGGCUGAUAAAUACUGAAUUACCUCUUAAAAUUUAAUAAUAUCUAUCUCCAAUAUAUUUACAACAUGGCAGAAGAAUUACUGAAAGCGCAUUUAUAUUACGAUGAUAUCCAUAAAAUUAGAGUUCUAGAACCGACUGUGCUUAAAGAAACUGAAGAUGUAAAAGAUACUUGUAAAGAUUAUGAGACUAAAGUCGAGGAUUUUGGGACAAUAAUAAAUUCAUUAUUAGAAAUGCUAAAAGAACUAGGUGAUAACGUUGAGAAACAAAAAAUGGCUGCCAUUGGUUCCACAAAUCUUCUAAAGUCCAUUACUAAAGAAAGAGAAUCUGAACAAGCAAAGUUGCAAGCAGAAAUUAAUGACAAGACAAUGAUUUUAGAACAACUAGACAGUGAAUAUGAUGCGCUGCAGAUUUUAGAAGCAACGCAAGUGGAAACUAUAGAAUAUCUAACACAACUUAGAUAGUUCUUUGAAGGAAAACACUUGCUCUAUGUAAAUUUGUCAUUUGCAUGCUUUUUUUAGCUUUAUAUAUUGUUAAUAGAGUUUCACAAUAAACGGACUUUAAUUGUGGCAAAAAAGUCAUUUUAAUUUAAAA